AUGGGAAAACUCUCCUAUCUGAAAAACCCAAGGGUGAAUUUGGCACCAAAGGUGAAAUUGACAAGAAUUCUGCUAUUUUCUCCUUCUAAUCCAAGCAACAGGAAAAAAAUGUUUCAGAGCCAGUCCGCCAUCAAACUUCACACCUCCAGCAUUCUUACCUCUUCCCCUCUGGAUCAGCUCCCAGACCGGCAGGGAGUCCUUUACAAGAAAAAUAACCACGCCACUACCUAUCAGCGCUGCUGGUGUGAGCUCCGAGGAAAUCUUCUUAUCUGCUGGGAACAGCCUGGAGACCGGGCUCCUUGUCAUCUCAUUGUGUUAGAAGGCUGCACGGUGGAGUUGCAGGAAUCCACCUCGGAGCCUCAUACUUUUAAAAUCUGCUACCGCAAUGUCUUGCCUGACCAGUCUUAUAAGAUGGCAGCUGAGGAUCAAGAGACGAUGGAAGACUGGAUGCGAGCUCUCAGCAGGGCGGGAUUUGAGUACCUCCGAGCGUUGGUUACCAAGUUGGAAGGCCAAUUUCACCGGCUGAAGAGCCAACAGUACUCUGAGGAAGAAGCAAGCUGCAAGGCCACGGACCUUCCCCUGCAGCCUCCAAAACCAGUGGCACAAAGAAGAUUCCCCCACAUGGAUUUCGCUUGCCUCCAUCAGGAAUUUGGGAAGGACGUCAAAAGGGCCAGGGAGCAGUGGCAGGAGGGAAAGGGGAAGCAUGUCCCAGAAUGGGAGACAUUUGGCUGUGACCAGUGA